AUCAUACUUACUUUUUCAACCUUUACAUCUCCUUUCCUCCUCAUUGGUCAUUCGUCCUGCACUUCUUUCUUUCGAUCCUUCCGAAGUUUGAUCGUCGUCACGACUUGACGAACAGACGUGAAUCAUAAUGUCAUUGUCCAUAGCAUCGGUACCAUGGGCACCGCAGUGGUUGCUUUCCCUUCCAUCUCCUCUCUUGGUUCUCUUGGGCAUAAUAGGGUUUCCCACUUUGAUCAUCUUCCUCAACGUAUUUCGACAAUUGGUUUUACCUAGAGAUAAAAAUCUACCUCCGGUUGUUUUCCAUUACAUUCCAUGGUUUGGUUCAGCGGCUUAUUAUGGUGAAGAUCCUUACAAGUUUUACUUUGAAUGUCGGGAGAAGUAUGGCGAUGUGUUCACCUUCGUCCUUUUGGGAAGAAAUAUCACCGUCGCUCUCGGACCCAAAGGCAACAAUCUUUCAUUAGGCGGUAAGACCACUCAGGUUUCAGCUGAAGAAGCGUACAAACAUGUGACUACUCCGGUGUUUGGCAAGGGUGUGGUGUAUGAUUGCCCGAAUGAGAUGUUGAUGCAGCAAAAGAAAUUCAUUAAAAAUGGACUCUCGACCGAAGCUCUGGCAUCUUAUCCCCCAUUGAUAAAUGCGGAAUGUGAACAUUACUUCGAAAAAGAACUCGGAUUUAGUCCUACCAGCCCAGGUCCCAAGACUAUCGAGGUAUUCAAGAUCAUGUCUCAACUCAUCAUCCUUUCUGCCUCACGCACGCUACAAGGCAAAGAAGUCCGCGAAUCUCUUGAUUCCAAAUUCGCCGAAUACUUCCACGAUCUCGACGGAGGAUUCACGCCACUCAAUUUCAUGUUUCCCAAUUUGCCCUUGCCGAGUUACCGGAAAAGAGACAAAGCACAGAAGUCAAUGAGUGAUUUCUAUCUCAACAUCAUGCAGAAACGUAGGGAAGGUGCGACUGAUGUGAAUGGUAGCUUCGACAUGCUCGCCGCACUUCAAGGCUGUGUGUAUCGCAAUGGUGUUCCUCUGACCGAUCGUGAUAUCGCGCAUAUGAUGAUAGCUAUCUUGAUGGCUGGGCAACAUACUUCUUCCGCUACCAGUUCAUGGGCUUUACUCCAUCUCGCCCAUCGUCCAGAUGUCGCCGACGCAUUAUAUGAGGAACAGAAGACCCUGUUCGGUAAUCCUGAUGGAUCUUUCCGUCCUGUGGAAUACGGCGAUGAGAAAAGAAUGACAUUGAUGAACUCUAUCAUCCGAGAAACCCUACGUAUUCAUGCUCCUAUUCACUCCAUUUACAGGAAAGUCAUUUCACCAAUGCCUGUCCCAGCUUCCUUAUCGGCUCCCUCCGAAUCCGCCACUUACAUCAUCCCCAAAAAUUACUACAUCGUCGCUGCUCCGGGCGUUUCAGCCAUGGACCCGAGGAUAUGGAAGGAUGCCAAUGUCUGGGAACCUUUCAGGUGGUCGGAUGAAAAGGGGACGGCUGCCAUGGCGUUGAACGAGUAUACCACUGGAGGUGAGAAGAUGGAUUAUGGAUUUGGACAGGUUAGCAAAGGUACAGAAUCACCUUAUCAGCCAUUCGGAGCUGGACGACAUCGUUGCGUCGGCGAAGCAUUCGCUUAUGUCCAACUAUCUGUCAUUAUAGCAUAUAUCAUCCGUAAUUAUUCUCUUAGACUUGAGACGCCGGAUGGUUUGUUCCCUAAGACGAACUACCGAACGAUGAUUGUCCUUCCCCUGAACGGACUGAUGUCCCUCACUAAGCGUAAACAAGAGGUAUAGAUCGUCGCUGGAGUGGGAAUCGCUUUCAAGUAUCUCAAUAGACUUGGUAUGUUAAUGUGGACGAUGCAUAGGUCUCCUCACUCG